AUGGAGGAUGGAGUGGAUGGAAGGAGGAUGAGAGGAGGAGGAGGAGGAGGAGGAAGGAGGAGGGAAACAGGAAGGAGGGAGGAUGGAGGGAUGGAAGGGAGGAGGGAGGAAGGAGAGGGAAGGAUGGAGGGAGGGAUGGAGGAUGAGGAAGGAGGAUGGAGGAGGAAGGAUGGAGGAGGAGGAAGGAUGGAAGGAAGGAACGAGGAACAGGAGGGAGGAAGGAGGAUGGAGAGGAGGACAGGAAUGGAGGAGGAAGGACGGACAGUGGAGGGAACAGAGGGAGGAGGAAGGAGGAACACACAAGGAGGACAGGAGAAGGAAGGAGGAAGGAGGAGGAGGAGGAUGGAAAAGAGGGAUGGAAGGAGGGAGGAUGGAGGGAAGGAAGAUGAGGAAAGAGGGAGAGGAAGAAGGACAGGAAGGAGGAGGGAAGGAGGAGAGGAGGAGGAAUGGAGGAUGGAAUGGAGGAGGGAGGUGGGUGGAGGGAGGGAGAAGGAUGGAUGGAGGAUGGAGGACAGAGGGGAAGUAAGGGAGAUGAAGGGGGAAGUAAGGAGGAUGGAGGGGAGAAUGGAGGAUGGAGGAGAGAUUUCCUUUCAUAUCUGUCAAAUUACAACUCUGGCAAAAGAACAAGAUCAGAAAUCUUUCUUUGACACUGCCACAAGCACAUCUUUGCCAGGCAGAUCAGAAAAUGUUGACCAAUCACCAGCUCUUGCCUUAAGAAUGCAUUAG